ACUAUGUCCUUGGUCCGACCAAACUAGCCAAAUAGUGAUUGAAAAGGGAAAGCCUGUUUGAAAAUUUCCCAGUAACACUGCACUUUAUUUAUUAAGCAGUGAUAUAGAAGGCCAUAAAAUGAAACUUAUAUUUCAUUUGGGAGCUGUAGCAUUUAGCAAAGUCAAAAAACUUGGCAAGCAGUGGGCCUAACAAGGAAAACAUUACCCUGCACGUCCUGCACGUGCAUUAUGACGCACGCUUUUCGGUCGCGGCAUGACUUAGACAACAUUUUGGUGAUGGGAGGUGUUUCUUGAGGACGUAAACAAGCGACGACAAAUAUUUUUUCCCUCUAAACUUUGAUUGAAUUCAUUUAAAAUGGUGGCGAAUUGACCUUUUCACGGUUUAGUUUCUUCGAGAGACCAAACGUUAGCUCUUUACACAGAAAUCUCAGUUUGGUUUCGAAUUUUAAGUGAGCAGCCUAUAAAAAUUAUACAGGAAUUUAGAUCAGAUGGUGCUCGGAAGGUUUCUUUUUACGCACUUUUGAUGUCGGCUUCCAAUUAAAGUAGCCAAAGUGGCCGGAACCACUGGCCGGAUCAGGGGCUUUCAAACGGAGCGGUCAUUUUCUAUGAUGCACGAUUUUCGGCAAAGCUCAGAAGCUCUCCGUUUGUCACAAGUUAGUAAAAUGUUACUGCAACUUUCAGGACAAAUUUCAGCUCACUGCUCUUCUUCUGAGAUAAGAAAUACUCAUUUAUGUCUUUUUCGUUCGGACCGUGAUCGCAACGAGAAAUUCGGCCGAAAACCAUCUGCGAUCAAUGACAGUGAUCGCGGCGCGAACUUCGGUCAAAAACGCUAAGCGAUCGAGAACAGCGAUCGCUGAGCGAUCACUGCCAUCUCGCCGCGAAAUUCGGCCAAAAACGCUAAGCGAUUAAUGACAGCGAUCGCGGCGCGAUCGCUCUCAUCGCGCCGCGAAAUCCGGCCAAAACGCUAAGCGAUUGAUAACAGCGAUCGCUCAGCGAUCGCUCUCAUCGCGCCGCGAAAUCCGGCCAAAAACGCUAAGCGAUUGAUGACAGCGAUCGCUCAGCGAUCGCUCUCAUCGCGCCGCGAAAUCCGGCCAAAAACGGACAAGUUGGACAAGUUGGUCAAGUUUAUUCAAAAUAAACAGGGAACAGAAGCUGAUACGCCUGUCUCGGAUGCUUCAACAACCGAGCAAGAAAUUCCGCCUUCGCAAGAAGCCAAUGGCAUCUGCAGUAAUCGACUAGCUUCGGCCGCCGACGCCGGACUUGAGAACAGUAUUCAAGAGCGAUCGAACUCGGUUAUCAGUGCUGAUAUUGAGGGCUUAAAACUGGAUUUACUAAUUCUUCAGAAAAAGGUUGAAGCAAAUACAAGCCUUCUGUCGACGAAAUGCAAAUUACAAGAAACCGCUUUUAGCGCCGAGCUCCUCGAUUACAAAGAGAGGUAUGAGAAGGUGUUAUCGACAUUAUCUAAAAAAGAUAAUGAAAUUGAGGUGUUGGAGGAAAAGUGUUUUUCCUAUGAGAGCCAAGUUUUGUCCUUGCAACAAGAAAAUGAUUCUCUUAAGCUGGCUAUGAAGAUCAUUAUGCAAGAAAGAAGCGAGGGCGAAUGCCGCCAACAAAAGAAAUGUGAUUGUUGGUCCCAAGUGGGCACACUUGGGAAAAGUGUGAAUGAUAAACAUAUCCAGCGGCCGUUGGCGGCCUGCAAUAUAGAAACUCAGAACAGAUUUGAGCCCCUUAGAAGUGAGGUACAAUUCCAAGUGAGAAAUGAGGACAACUAUACUACAAAUAACGAAGAAAGUCGCCAACAACAGCAACAGCAACAUUCACAUGUUGAUUCAUCUGAAGCGAGCCGGGCAUUUGAUUCAAUUCCAACUAGUCAUAACCGCUAUCAGGCCUUACUUGUCUCUUCUCCUUCGAGUCAAGUAUCCUCUGAGAUGCCACUGCAUCAGUCUGGAGCGCACGCAAAUACCUCUCGAGUUAGUGCAAAUAACUCCAAAAGCGGUGAAGUCGGAAAGACAAGACCCAUAGUGCUUAUUGGUGACUCAAUGAUAAAACACAUUGAUCCAAAAAGCUUUCGCAAAGACAUGUACAUAAAUUCUCAUAUCCCGGGAAAACCACUGCUGAAAUAGCUGAAGCUGUUGACAACAUCGCUGUUGCAUCCGCUGAUCCUUCUCACGUCAUCAUCCAUACUGGCACUAACAAUCUUCCAUCGGAGUCUGCCGAUUCAUGUGUCGCCGAUAUCAAGAGCCUUGUAUUGAAGGUGAAGAGCAAGUUUCCUAACUCAAGCAUUGGUCUCUCGGGUAUAGUCUACAGAGAAGAUAUCAACGUCGAUGCUAAACGCAUUGAAGUUAAUGAGAGGGUCAAGCUCACAGCAGUAGAUGAUAACUUUACUUAUAUUGAUAAUUCGGUUAUUGACGCCUCAGCAUUAAAUGGUAGUAGACUUCAUCUGAAUGCCAAAGGUUCGUCAUUGCUGGCCGUGCAAUUUAUUAAGUUUUUAAGAUCUGGUUCUGGCAAGUAUAAUCAGUCUCUUAAGGGUUUUCAGUCCUCAGCUAUCCAACAACUGGUAAAGCUUCUGAUGGAACUGGGAAACCUUCCUCUCCAGCUCGCAACAGGAGACGCCCACGCUAGCUUCUCAACCGAGUGACGUAUCAUCAGGUAUUCCUAAUCAAAACGUUGAUUCAUUUGAAAGUACAAUUCUCUCUGAUUUUCUUCCUUCUGGUCGUGGUUUUAAAAUUGCAGGUUUAAACAUUAAUAGUCUUACAAAGCAUAUUGAUGAACUAAGAAUUCUCCUUGCCGAUCGCUCCAUUGAUAUUCUCUCAAUUAAUGAAACUAAACUUGAUGACUCUAUCAAUAGUUGUGAGGUCCAAAUACCAGGCUAUGAAUUUAUUCGUCGUGAUAGAAACAGAGACAAGGAGGAGGAGUAGGUUUUUAUAUAAAAACCUCGAUUAAUUUUGGAGUUCGCUCUGAUUUGAAUGCACCCAGUCUUGAAAAUUUAUGUAUAGAGAUUCGGAAACCAAACUCCAGGCCAUUUCUGAUAGCCACUUGGUACAGACCUCCUUGCUCCUCAAUUGAUUUAUUUUUACAUUACGAAUCAUUUCUUGAGAAAUUAGAUUCCCUCGGCCUAGAAUAUUAUCUGCUAGGUGAUUUAAACUGUAACCUGGCCUCUGCACAAUAUGAUUUAAAUACUCGACGCUUAUGUGAAAUUUCUGAUUUAUUUGGGCUUCAACAGCUUAUAACUGAACCUACUCGCAUAACUGAAUCCUCUUCAACAUUAAUUGAUUUAAUUUAUACAAACUAUACUGACAGGGUAGUCUGUUCCGGAGUCUCUCAUAUUGGUAUCAGCGAUCAUAGCCUUAUUUACGUGUAUAGGAAAUUAUCUCUCACUUUUCCUUCAAAAGGGCACUCAACCAUUUCUUAUAGAAAUUUCCAAAAUUUUAAUAGAGAGAGUUUUCGUAACGAUAUCGCUCAGCAAGACUGGUCCUGUAAUGUUUCUGAAGAUCCAAAUGUUUUGUGGUCUGACUGGAAAACGAAGUUUUUGGAUAUUGUUAAUAUUCAUGCGCCACUCCGAACUAGACGUACUAGAACAAAUAAAGCACCCUGGAUCAAUUCAGAAUUAAAGAAAGGCAUGCGUGAUCGUGAUGCUGCCAAAAGAAAAGCAAUUACAUCGAAUGAUCCACACGAUUGGAAAAGGUACAAAAAGUUGCGAAAUAUAAUAAACAAUGACAUCAAAAUUUCUAAAGCAUCUUAUUAUUCUAAUGCAUUUAUUCAAUCUAAGGGUAAUCCUCGAAAAACGUGGCAAACCUUUAAUGAGCUUACAUCCCGUCGUGUGAAUAAUACAACGGUGAAAGAACUGAAAUUGAAUGAUACCAUUAUCUCUAAUUCUAGUGAGCUUUCUGAUGCUUUUAAUGACCAUUUUUUUCAACAAUUGGGCCCAGACUUGCUAAUGAAAUACCUCUAACUGCUGAAAAUAAUUCAAGUUAUAUCAAUAAUAUAAAGGUAAAUAACAACAAUUUCAGCUUCUCCUCGACUAACUGCAGCAUUGUUUUCUCACAUCUAAACAAAUUAUGUAGAUCUAAAGCAACUGGUCUUGAUAAUAUUUCUGCUAAAAUUGUACGUGAAUGUGCUGAUCUUAUUUCAGUUUCACUUUGUGAUCUCUUUAAUAAAUCUUUAGUCUCUGGUAUAUUUCCUGAUGAUUGGAAAUGUGCUAGAGUUACUCCGUUGUUCAAGGAAGGUGAGCCAUCUGAUCUGAAUAAUUAUCGACCUAUUUCAGUCAUUUCCGUUAUAGCUAAAGUGUUUGAAAGGAUUGUUUAUGAUCAGCUGUAUAACUUUUUGACCAAUGAAGAUAUCAUUUCUAAUCAUCAAUCGGGUUUUCGCUCGUUACACUCAACUGCAACUGCCCUUCUGGAAGCUACGGAUAAUUGGGCCUUUAAUAUUGAUCGUGGCAAUGUUAAUGCUGUGGUUUUCCUCGAUUUAAAAAAGGCUUUCGACACCGUUGACCACGAUAUCCUUCUAGCUAAAAUGAGCCUUUACGGAAUACAAGGUACAGCUCUUGAUUGGUUUAGGUCGUAUUUAACUAAUCGUACACAACGAUGUCUUGUUAACGGUUCUCUUUCUAGAAUCUGCUCUCUUAAAUGUGGGGUACCGCAAGGAACAAUCCUUGGCCCCCUUUUAUUUCUUAUUUAUAUUAAUGACUUGCCAAACUGCCUUACUUCGUGACAGCCUAGAAUGUAUGCCGAUGACACCCACAUUACUUAUGCUGGCGUUGAUGUGAAUUCAAUACAGUUAACUCUGAGUCACGAUUUAGAUAACCUAAACAAAUGGCUUAUUUCCAAUAAACUUACUUUGAACACUUCUAAAACUGAAUUCAUGCUAAUUGGCUCCAGACAAAAAUUGAGUACUUUGUCGAACCCACUUGAGCUCUCGAUUAAUAAUGUUCCGAUAGAACACGUUUCCUCUGUCAAAUCGCUUGGAAUAUUUAUUGAUGAAAAUCUACGGUGGCAAACACACAU